AUGGAUGAAGUCCUCGACAUAGUCCCCGUGAUCAACAAACAAAAACUCAUGCUGAGACAGUAUGAUCAUCUGCAGGCUCUAGCCAACACUAACUUGGAACUUCCAGGUGUGUCCCCUGCUAAAAUGUUGGGCAGAUUCAUUCAGUCCAAAGGGUCUGAUCUUGAGGACGCGGGAGUGAUGACUCGAGUUGUCAUCACUGCUGAUGAUUUAUAUGAUUUUCUGUUGGUUGCAAGCAUCGAAGCCUUGUUAGAUGGACCUAUAAUAUCGUGCAGGUCGGUGGUGGUGUAUCUCUCUUUAUGGGAUGAGGCUGCCGGAAUGUUUAGGGGUAUCAUCGCCUCAAGGGACAAAACUAAAACUGUCAUGACUGUGAAUCCCAAACUCUUUGGAGAUGACUGGUGGACCGGUGGUGUUAUCGAGGAGCUCCCAGAAUGUCGUACCGAGCUUGCUGGGAAAGAGUAUGUAUUCCAGAUUCGUGUUACACCGUACAAUUUCACACCCAACCACCGCACCUUCACUGUUGUUGGAAUCAGCGAUCACGUCCCUCCCGAGAGUUUCAGCACGAAUAAAGCUCAAGCAGUUUCUGGGGAAGGUGGCCAUCCUUCUAGUUCUAGGAAGAACAAAGAUGUGGGUGAAAGUGAUGGACCAAAUCCACCAGGCUUUGCAGCCAAAGAAAGUGGCCGCAAGCGUGUGACUAAAGCUGUGACGCUUGCAAACCGUCAACUCAAGUUUCGUUUUCUGUAA